AUGGUUUUAGAGAAACCCCAUAAGCGGUUUCGGAAGGACGAGACGCCGUUGGAAUGGUUUGCACCACUAUCUGUGCUCGAUCAAAAAUCGUGCGACUUUGGAGUAUACGUUGUUAAUCAUUAUGGAAACAAUUGGUUCACCGCUGUCCCAAAAAUCAAGCUUGUCGCUGCUAAGCCGCUGAGAGCUCUUGAAAAGAUUCAGCUGCAGCAUGGAUCGAUUGAUCGUCUAAACCGAACGUUUGUUAACGAGAACAACGAAACGCUGGAGUGUUCUCAUCUAAACAGUCUAAGAAUUGGAGAUAUAAUCCAAGUCUUUGAUGUUGUUGAAACCAAGAUUAAAGAUGAUUGGAUUCCUACUGUCAAGGAAUAUGCUAUUAUCGAACGCCGUCUUACAUCACGUGAAAGUGGUGCAUCUACAGGCGAACCAAAAGCCCCAAACACGAGAAUCACUCAAGCGCCAGUGGCACCAGUCGAUGUUGGAAUCAAAGACGAAACCAAAGAGACAACGAGUGACACGGUGACAAUUGAGACACGUCGAACUGUGAAGCGUGAAGGAAAAAUUCACUUCGAAGAGGCCACCACUAUCUGUUUUCCACGUGUUCUACCGUCAAACGUGCACAUCAUCAAAGCUCAGAUUUUGCCCGUCCCACAAUGA